AUGAAGAUUUCUUUGUUAGCCGCUGUUGGCAUUGUCGCAUCUGCCGUGUCAGCCCUGCAUCUACGCCAUGGGCCUGUUAUCAGAGCUGUGGACAAAGCCUCCAGCACAUUUGUCCACCCAGGGCUUCUUCAUUCUGAAGCAGACUUCCGCCGCAUUAGGAAGUUUGUUGAUUCUGGUGAGGCGCCUUGGUCAGAUGGCUGGGAAAAGCUAGUCGCACGGGCAAAUCCAGACUACAAGCCAAGCCCUCAGAAGAUUCUUGUCAGAGGCAACACGCCGGAGCUCCCAGAGAACUACGCUCUGCUGUAUCGAGACCUUGCCUCAGCAUACGCUCUAUCUAUCCGUUGGAAAAUCACCCAAGACCCAGAUUUUGCGGAAGCGGCUGUUCGCAUCGUCGAUGCCUGGGCUGCAAAUCUCACAGAUAUCUGGGGUAGCUCCGACAAGUUCUUAGCUGCGGGCCUUUAUGGCUACCAGUUUGCGAACGUAGCAGAGAUUCUCCGCUCUUAUCCCGGCUGGAACGGUCUCGAAGCAGCAACCUCUAUGCUUCUUCGCGUGUUCUAUCCGAUGAACCUACGCUUCUUGACUGAACACAAUGGUGCCCAUAUCGACAAUUACUGGGCAAACUGGGACCUUUGCAACAUUGCAAGUAUGAUGAGCAUCGGUGUGCUAGCCGACAAUCAUACCAUCUGGGACGAAGCGAUCGAAUACUUCAAGCACGGCCAAGGAAACGGAGCUAUUGAGAAAGCCAUCUGGUCCAUUCAUACAGAAGAAGGGACCGGCAAGAAGUUGGGGCAGAAUCAGGAAGCGGGCAGGGACCAAGGCCACGCCACCCUCGACUUUGCCUUGCUGGGCGUGAUUGCUCAGCAGGCCCAUAACCAAGGUGAAGACCUUUUUGGAUACUUGGAAAAUAGGAUUCUUGCUGGAAUGGAGUACGUAUCCAAGUACAACGUUGGCGAAGAUGUUCCAUUCUCUACCUAUGUCAACGCAGUGCAUGGUACGCAAACCGAGAUAAGCAGUACCGGCCGUGGCACCAUCAGGCCGAUGGCCGAACUCUUUGUCGCUCACUACGGCUCUAUCAAGGGUCGUGAUGUUAAAUGGACCAUGGCUUACCGGGACCUUGUCGUUGAGAAAAGUGGUGGAGCUGAAGGUGGAGGAGGAGACUAUGGAACCACGAGCGGUGGCUAUGAUCAACUUGGAUUCGGAACGCUGCUAUACCGCCUUGAGGCGUAA